GGCCCGUGACGUCGCUGCUGAUCAUUAUUUCAUUAUUAUUAUUAUUAUUAUUAUUUUUGUAUGAGGCGAUGACGUCAUCCUGCGUGGUGACGUCAUAUGCAAACGAGAAACGCCCGCCCCGCCCCCGACUUCCGGUUCUCACCCCGUCUCCCGCCCGCAGAUCCCACGAGGAAGCCGACGCCCAGGGCCCCGGCGGCCCCGAAGAAGCCGGCGUCAGACGACCUGAACCUGGAGGACGGCCUGCCCGCGGGCGGGGGAAUCUCCGACCGCGACCUGGAGGACGUCGCCGGGACGGGCGGGAACGGCGGAGGCGGAGCCGGAGGACGAGGGCGGAGCGACGAGCCGCAGCCGGACG